AUGUUGCAGGUUAAUGGUAUGAUAGCUGCAAGUUUCCUGAUGUCAUCCUUGGAUUUACAUGCAGAUGAUCGCGACAAAGAUGUGCUAAGCAUCGGCGUUUUAGGUGGAUUUUUUGAAACGGGUCUACAUAAUGUCAAACCUCAUGUAUGUACCAGAGGAGUAGACAUUACUGCUGUCGAACGCGACUUGACCGUCUUGGAGGCUGCAAAUAAGUGGUUCGCACUCAAGCCCUCGAAAAAUCUGCAUCUACUCGCUCAAAAUAGCUCGAAAUUUAUGGAAGAUGCUGCAAGAAGAGGUAUUUCUUAUCAAUUCAGGUAUGCUACAAUGUGA